ACUUUUCCCUCCAAAACCUUCGAACUACAUUCUGCUACGCCUGCACAAAUUUCCCAGCAAUACCGAUGAGAAUUUCCGAGAUCUCAUCGCCGGAUGGCCGGCCUGCCGACCAAGACAAUUCUCACGUUCACAUUCUGUCGCAAAUCGAAGCCUUCGUCAAGCAGAUCGAAAACCUCUCGCCGGGAAACCUCCUUCCGGCCAUCUUCUCCUCCAACCUCCGUCAUUACCUCACUCAGCUCACCUCUCUCUCACCCAUUCCCAACACCGUUAAACUCCAUCUGUGGAAGCUCAGCUACCGCCUCUGGAACUCAUGCAUCGACCUCUCCAACGCCGCCGGCAUUAAAUGCUCCAAGGCCGACGGCGUUGCCGUUGAAGAGCUCGUUAAACUCCGGCACGUCGCCGCAGACUUCCUCUCUCUCGGUGGUGACGUUACCGGAAUCCCGUCGCCUUUUUUAAAGUCCGCCUCUUUCUACUUCAAGACUGGCCUUCUUUGGCAUGAUCUCGAACACUUUGAACUCGCUUCGGCUUGCUUCGAGAAAGCCACGGAUCUGGUCUCCAAGAUCAACAUCAACGAGAUGUCAGACGCCGGAGAGCGAAAUCUUCUAUUAGAUCUUCAUAUUGCAAGAUCUCGUACUGCGUGGGAAGUUUCAGACAAAAACCUAGCGAUCCAUUUACUGAACCGAGCGAAAGCCCUGCCCUUCGGCUUUGCAGAGCACCAUAAAGCAUUGGUCAACCAGUACUUGAGCUUCGGAAAGGCUCAUCUGUCGAAGAACAUGGUGAACGAGGCUUUGAAGCUGAUGAAUGAAGGUUUAAGUCUCUGUGAGAGGGGAUUGACUGCGGCGGGGACACGGACCGAAGCGGUGGAUCUGAAGGGAUUGAGAUCCAAGUGCUUGAGAUUCAUUGCGGCUGUCCAUUUGCAGGGAGGCGAGUUUGAUAGUGUUCUGAAAUGUGUCAGGGUUUUGAGAGAAGAGAGCACGGAUCACCAUCCUUGUUUGUUUGUGUUGGCAAUGAAGGCGUGGUUGGGAUUAGGGAGAUAUGAGGAGGCAGAGAAGGAGCUGAGGGGAAUGGUGGUGAGUAAGGGAAUACCAGAAGGCGUCUGGAUGUCGGCAGUGGAGGCCUACUUUGAGUCUGCAGGGUCUGCAGGGGCAGAGACGCUGAAGGGAGUGUUUUUGGGGUUCCUAGGAGGGUGUCGUGUCAGUGCAGGUGCAGUAUUGAGAUUGUUUCAUCGGGUAGUGGGUGAUGGUGGUGGCAGCAUUGAGGGGUCAUGGGUGAGGGCAAAGGUGGUGGCAGAGCUGGCGGCAGAUGACAGGGUUUUGGCACUCUUUGCUGGUGAGGCAGCAGCAAAAGGGAGGACGGCCAUGCAUACUAUUCUGUGGAACUGUGCGGCAGAUCAUUUUCGAUUAAAAGAUUAUGAGACAAGUGCAGAGAUGUUCGAGAAGUCAAUGCUUUAUGUUCCUUAUGACAUAGAGAGUAGAAUUGUUCGGGCAAAAGGCUUUAGAGUUUUGUGCCUCUGCCACCUUGGCCUGUCCCAGCUAGAUCGAGCCCAAGAAUACAUUAAUGAGGCUGAAAAGCUUGAACCCAAGAUAGCCAGCGCUUUCCUAAAGUUCAAAAUCUAUCUGCAAAAGCAUGAUCACAAUGGUGCUAUUAAUCAGAUGCAAGCAAUGGUGACCUGCCUUGACUUCACUCCAGAUUUCCUCUCCCUCUCAGCCCAUGAAGCUAUUGCUUGCUGUGCCCUUCCAGUAGCUGUCGCCUCUCUAUCUAAUCUCCUGACUUUCUACUCCUCGGGGAAAACCAUGCCAACCAUGGAAGCAGCAGUGCUACGCACACUAGUCACAAUCCUCACUCAAGAUCCUGGCAAUGAGCCAGAGAUCCUCAAAUAUAUGAAUGUUGCACUUGCCCGAACAGCUGAGCUUGGAGCUGAUUGCUUCUUUGGAAAAGGGGAGGUUGGAAGACGGGAACAGAAUUGGUUUGCAGUGAGUUCAUGGAAUUUUGGUACCAAAAUUGGAAAGGAGAAAAAUUAUGAACUCUGUGCAAAAUUCUUCAGAUUAGCAUCAGAAUUUUAUGGUGUUACAGUUGAUGGGGGAGCUGAGGGAAACAGUGUCAUGGCGUGCAAAUCAUUGAUAUUGGCUGUAUCUGCCAUGAUUGCCUCUGAGAAGCAAAGAGACGCUGUGCUGCUAGACAGUGAAGUGAAACAAGCCAUUGAAUUGCUAGACAAAGCUGGAAAGAUGCUAAAAAUAAUCUCAACUGGGGGCCGAGUUGCUGAGGAUCAAAUCACAACUAUUGGACCUGAUAUGUUCUUCAUGUACACCUUCAACAUGUACGAUCUAUGUGGAAGGCUCAAUGAUUUAGUGCCCCAGCAGCUCCUCCUUGUGAAGAGCUUUGCAGCAGCAAAGAACCCCAAUCCCAAGCACUUACUCCAGAUUGGCCUUGCUGCAUCAGAGGGACCACGUUCCAACCCUGAAGUAGCCAUCUUUGCCUUAAAUGCUUGCCUCUCAGCCUUUCUUUCUUCCUCUUCACCGGACUAUGAAAAUGUGGCUCUCAUUUUCAGAAAGUUGAUUGCAGUAGCUGCUGUUCACAAGGGUGAUACAGAUGACGAUGUGGUGUAUGGAAUGUACAAACAGGCAUAUAAAAUAAUGGUGGGAUUAAGGGAAUGGGAGUAUCCCAAUCAAGAAGGUAAGUGGCUUGUCAUGACAGCAUGGAAUCGGGCAGCGCUCCCCGUGCGGCUGGGGCAGACGGAUGUAGCAAAGAAAUGGAUGAAUAUUGGGUUGGAACUUGCUGGAAAAGUCCCAGGAAUGGAAACUUAUAGGGCAUGCAUGCAGGAUUUUAUUACUUCCUGGGAGAAGGACCGUGGGAAUUGCGAGGACAAAAGCACAUCUUAGCCGGUUGCAUGUUUUGGACAUCUUAUGUAGCAAAUCACUGGGAGUAUCUUGUAGCUUAAAGCAUGUAGUUCCCACUACAAUGGAAUUUUGAAAUUGGAAAGUAUAGGGAGGCUGUCAAAGUUGAAGUCUUCCUUUGCA